AUGUGGGAAUAUGUAAUAGCUAUUAGUUCUUGUCUUUUGAUUCUCAUUUGCAUAAUAAUUUCCUUUUUGAGAGUAAGUUAUUUAAUUUAAUUAGGUUUUCAAAAAAAAGAAAGUACAAUACUACAGUGACCCCGAUGAAAUGGCUAUUGAAUUAUAUUAAAAUAUGCUAAAAUAUGAUACAAAACAUUAAAUUGCUCUAAUAAUGAAUAAGAUUUAUAUAUUAGUUUUAAGAGAUGUUUAAAUUAUACUAUAUCAAUGUAAAUUUAUUGGCACAGCAAAUAGUUAAAUUGGGUUAGAAUGAUACUACUUUACCAAUAAUUUCAGAGAGAUUACGAAAUUCAUCAAAAGUAAUAGCUCUUCUGAAACUUAUGUAUCCAGAUGAGAUACCUGAAAAAUUUAAAUUGGUUGGAGAAAAAAUUUAUGAGGUAACUGUUAUAAUUCAUUAGAAUUUUACUAUCUUUAAGAUAUUAAUUUAAUGGUGUGAAUAAAAUGAAAUUAAAAUAAAGAACUCUAAAGGAUGGAUGAAUAGUUAGUUAGACAUUAAUUUAAUUAAUUCAAUAAGGGCUUAUUCGGAAUAUAUUAAUAAUGAACUUGGAAUUUACUUUAAACCAAAGUGA